GGAGUUUUCAGUGAGUUCCUCUAUUCUACAUAGAAAGAGGAAGAAUGGGAUGAAAACGAAAGAGCACCCAUUCUGUUUCAACAAAAAGUUCUGCAAUACUGGAACAGACUACUUUUUCCCUCUUUGCAACAGUGACUGGCCCUUCAUUAGUGCACUUGACAAAGAUGUAGAACAGUUGAGGAAUAACUGUGGUCACAUUCACCAGAGCUUCAGGUCUGGAAUCUCAAAUACAUCCAUCAUUGCAUCCACUCCAGACAGCUCCUCCCGCAGCUGUGAAGGAACACCAAGAUUCAGAAUGACCCCGGGGUCUGCAAGGGCCUCAGCAACACAUCCUCCUCGAACACCACUGACUGACCCCACUUUCACAAGUUGUUCUUCUGCAACCACAACGUCCGGAGCUUCUGUGAUUGUAGCAGUGGUUGAAGGACGUGGUUUGGCUCGAGGGGAGAUUGGCAUGGCUAGUCUCAACUUAAAGUGUCCAGAGCUUGUUCUCUCUCAGUUUGCUGACACUGGGACUUAUGCCAAGGUUAUAACCAAGGUUCAUAUUUUGGUGCCACUGGAAAUACUCAUGCCAGACACAGCCAGUGAGAAGGGAAAGAGGACAAAGCUCUUCAACCUCAUCACAGAGAACUUUCCGGGAGUAGCUUUCACUGCUAUCCAAAGGAAGUAUUUUAAUGAGAGGAAAGGACUCGAGUACAUUCAGCAACUGUGUGCUCCAGAAUUUGGGACUGUUCUCAUGGAAGUGCAAGCUAAGUAUUAUUGCCUAGCAGCUGCUGCAGCCUUGCUCAAAUACUUGGAGUUCAUACAAAACUCUGUCUAUGCUGCCAAGUCUCUCAAAGUCAUCUUUAAAGGGAGUGAACAGACAGCCAUGAUAGAUUCAGCAUCUGCAACUAACUUAGAGUUGGUCACCAACAGCAGGGAUCACAGGAGUGAGCAUACUUUACUUGGAGUACUUAACCACACAAAAACCCCUGGUGGUGCUCGAAGGCUGAGGUCCAAUAUUCUGGAGCCUCUGGUUGAUAUCGAGACUAUCAGCAUUCGCUUAGACACCAUACAAGAACUGCAGCAGAAUGAGGAGCUCUUCUUUGGUCUAAAGAAUGUAAUAGGUCAUUUCCUUGACAUUGACCAGCUGCUGUCUGUUCUUGUUCAAAUCCCAAAGCAGGAAACGGUUCAAGCUGCUGAAGCUAAGAUUUCACAUGUCAUUCAGCUGAAACACAUACUUGAUCUAGUGCCACGUUUAAGGAUGGUGUUGAAGAGCUGCAGCACAGCUUUGCUAAAAGCAUACAGCAUGUCCCUGGAAGACAACAGAUUUGAUAUGAUACUAGAGCAGAUCAAAACAGUGAUUAAUGAUGACACAACCUACCUGAAGGGGAGCCUUAACAUGCGCACCCAGAAGUGUUACGCUGUGCGCCCUAACAUCAGUGAGUUCCUUGACAUUGCCCGCAGAGCUUACACUGAGAUAGUGGAUGACAUUGCAGGGCUAGUAAACCAGAUGGGGGAAAAAUAUGGUUUGCCAAUGCGUACCAGCUUCAGCACCGCUCGAGGUUUCUUCAUCCAAAUGAAGCUUGAGGGAGUGUUCUUGGCCGACGGGAAACUCCCAGCUGAGUUCAUCAAGGUGACAAAGCACAAGAACAACUAUGGCUUUACUACUGUAGACUUGAUGAAGAUGAAUGACCGCUGUGAUGAGGCCCUGAAGGAGAUCUUUCAUAUGUCUUACGUGGUGAUAUGCCAACUGCUAAGCACUAUCCACAGGCACAUCCACUGCCUUUACAAGCUGUCUGAUGCUGUAUCAAUGCUUGACAUGUUGCUGUCACUUGCCAAUGCAUGCACCCUCUCAGACUAUGUGCGUCCGGAGUUCACAGACACACUCGCCAUUAAGCAGGGUCGUCACCCCAUUCUGGAGCGGAUUGCUGGACAACAGCCGGUGGCAAACAAUAGCUACAUCUCAGAGGGCAGCAACUUUGUCAUAAUCACUGGACCCAACAUGAGCGGCAAAUCCACUUACCUUAAACAGGUGGCGCUGUGUCAGAUCAUGGCUCAGAUAGGCUCUUUUGUACCUGCUGAGUAUGCCUCUUUUCGUGUUGCUGAUCAGAUUUUCACCAGAAUUGGUGUUGAUGACGACUUUGAAACUAACUCCUCCACCUUUAUGUUGGAAAUGAAGGAGAUUUCUUACAUUAUCCACAAUGUGAGUGACAGGUCCCUCAUCAUUAUAGACGAGUUGGGACGUGGGACCAGUGCUGAAGAAGGAAUCGGCAUCUGCCACUCAGUGUGUGAGUUCAUCCUUAGCCUGAAGGCAUUCACUCUGUUUGCCACACACUUCCUUGAGCUGUGCCAACUGGAGUCCCUUUAUCCCAAUGUGGAGAACCAACACAUGGAGGUUCAACACACACGCAGUGGUGACACUGGUGCUGAGAAUGUGGUGUAUACAUACUUGCUGAGCAGAGGACGCUCUGAAGAGAGACACUAUGGUCUGAGGGCAGCAGAAAUGACUGCACUUCCUUCAACCAUUGUCCAGGAGGCAAAGACAUUUGCUUCAAAAAUCAGUCAGCAGCUCUUGGCCAAACAUCAUAGUGAUCCGGAAACUCUUGUUCAGAGAGCUGUGUACCACCUGGCCACUCGCCUCUUGCAGACUGCCAGGAACUCAAGACUGGACCCUGACAGUCUUCGUAUGUAUCUGAAGGGCCUGAGGAAGCAGUAUGAGGCAGAACUGCAGGCCGCAGAGCAGCUAGUGUCUGUGGACUCAGAGGAGGAAUGACUGACUCAGCCUAGUAAUAGGGAGGGGCCAUGAGGCACUUUGAUAAAUGAAAGCUUUAUGUCUUGUAAUUACUGUUGGCCAAAUUUAUAUGAUGUGACUUUUACAUUAAAUGUUCUGUUUUGAAACGUU